AUGAAAGAAAAAUCAAUUUAUACUUAGAAAUAUAUAUGACAUUUUUCCAGAAAUUAGGGCUCUCAAAUUUCAUGUUUAUGGUAAAAAACGAGAGUAGUCUUUAUUGUAAAAACUGGACAAAAACACACUUUUCAAGAUAAGAAAUAUAGCUGCCAAUAUUAUGUCAUAAUCUAUAUGUUUAUUCUGUGUGAAUUGUAUGCUUACUUCUAUUGAUUUAUAAUUGCAUGUGACUGAUUAGUUUGUUCAUUGACUUUAUUUCUAAGUGAAGUAAAGAAGGCACCAUUUUGUUGUUAUAUUAAGUAUGUAUAGCACAAGGUUUGCCAGAAUUACAGUUUAUGCUUAGAAGUAAUGACAUUAGCUUAUUGGCGUUGUCGUCUGUUUGUUUUGGUGCUUCAACAGGCAAUCUUAUGGUUCUUGGCUUAUGGGUCGACCGAGGUUCACAUUGUGUAUAUGGGAGAUAGGAAACAUGAGGAACACCAACAAGUUCAGGAUUCUCAUCACUGGAUUCUGGCACAUCUUCUUGGAAGAAGUGCAGAGCAGUCUAUUCAGUACAGCUAUAAGCAUGGGUUUUCAGGAUUUGCUGCCAUCUUAACCAAAUCCCAAGCUGAAGUUAUUGCAGAUCAUCCUGAAGUUGUUGCCAUAGUCGUAAAUAAGAUUUUUAAUGUGCAAACAACUAGAAGUUGGGAUUUCCUCCAUGUAAAACCCCAACUCACUGAUGGAAUUCUGCCAAGGGCCCAUAUUGGAGCUGGAACUGUGAUCGGAAUCAUCGACACUGGCAUAUGGCCCGAGGCAAAGAGCUUUGGAGAUGAUGGCAUGCAGAGUGUUCCAUCGCAUUGGCAUGGUAUAUGUCAGGGAGGUGAACAUUUCAACCAUUCCCAUUGCAAUAAGAAAAUAAUUGGUGCACGUAAAGGAUAUGAGGCUGUCGUUGGAACUCUGAACCGGAAUGUUCUGCCUGAAUUAUUAUCUCCUCGUGAUGCAGUCGGCCAUGGUACUCACACUGUGUCAAUAGCUGCUGGGGUCUUUGUGUAAAAUGCAAAUUUUGCAACACUAGCAGAAGGAUUGGCAAGAGGUGGAGCUCCUUUAGCUCAUCUUGCUGUCUACAAAGCUUGUUGGGUUGAUGGGACGUGUAUCUCAGCUGAUAUCUUGGCUGCUUUUGAUGAUGCCAUCCCUGAUGGGUUGGAUGUCCUUUCUGUAUCUCUGAAUUUUCCUCCGCCCCUUGAUUCUUAUGUUAGUGAUCCUAUAGCAAUUGGCUCUUUCCAUGCUGUGGCGAAAGGAAUUACCGUGGUCUAUGCAGCAGGAAAUGAUGGUCCACACCCUCAAAAUGACAAUAACUGGAUGCUCCUGCUCUCAACAGACGCCCUAAAGAGGAGACUUCAGAAUUGCAUCGGGGACAUCCAUGUAUCAGGAAUUGUAGAUCUUCUUAAAUCUGUCCAUCACAUGAGUCCUGCUGCAAUUAAGUCUGCAAUCAUCACCACAGAGAGUGCACCCUUAUUAAUUAUUCUAUCCUAUGCAUUCUAUACAUUUGGUCAUACGUUUCAUUUCUUCUUCCCCGUCUUCUACGCACCUUCUACAAAAGAUACGUUUGGGCAACAUAUAGUGGCCGAAGGCUAUCCCCGCAAGGUAGCUGGCAUUGACUAUGGAGGUGGACACAUUGAACCUAACAAGGCUCUUGAUCCAGGUCACAUAUAUGACAUAAGAACUUCAGAUUAUAUCACUUUUCUUUGCUUCAUGGGCUAUAGGAAUUUCGCUAUCAAGUCCAUGAUGGGAGCUAAAAUAAACUGCCGAAAUAUGAAAGAAUCCCUUGUGAAUCUAAAUGUGCCUUCCGUUUCGGUUCCCGAGCUCAAAACUAGCUUAGUGGUCGGAAGAAGAGUAACAAAUGUUGGUCCUGCACUAUCUGUGUAUACAGUAAGAGUUGAAGCUCCUGCUGGUGUUAGUGUUAGAGUUAAGCCCUCAGUUUUGGCUUUCAAUUCUACAGUAAAGAAGCUCAACUUCAAGGCCAUUUUCACUUCUCAACUGAGAGUACAGGGUAGAUAUUCUUUUGGAUAUUUAUAUUGGGAAGAUGGUCUGCAUUCAGUCAGAAUACCAUUGGUUGGUAGGACUGGUAUUGAAGAGUUCUAUACUGAAGCAUAAUGGAUUUGGAGCGGAACUCUUAUUACGUAUUUCCUCUGUUUCUCUUUACUAUAAGUGUAAAAGUCUAAUCGUUGCAAGUGAAAAGAAGCCGAGGAAGUAUAACAUAUUGACAAUUUUCCAAAUGACGAUGUUAAUUUUCCCAACUUCCCAUAUAUCUGUUCAAGUAAAUGCUAAAUCAAAGUACAUGGCAUGAAGGUGUCUCAACUUCCACAAUUUUGAUGUUACUCAUUGUUUUUUUCAAUAAUGGAUCUUAAUUAGAAAUUUCAAAUAGAAGUUUGAGAACUUGAGGUGGCAUACCACGUUGUCAAGCUUAAUUGUGGACUAUCAUAGCAUACUAUACUGAUGUAAAGCUUACAAAUUGUUAAAAACAUUUUAUUUAUGUUCAAUUGUAUGUGAUUUUGUUUAAAUGUUUAUCAUGAUUUAGAGAACUAAUUGUAACUUUUGAGAAUGAAUUAUUAUUUGUUUGGCAAAACCCUUCUCAAUAACAUGCUUGAGCAUUCGAAUUGGUUUUUGUUGAUCGUAAAUCAUUGUUAUUCAUUAAAACCACUAUUGCUAAUCCUUUAGUCUAUUUUUCUUAUGCACUAGAUUAAAUUUUAACUAAUUAUAUAAGUGUGUCUUGUAUUUAAUUUGACUUACUGUAGUAUAAUAUUAUCGUAAGUUAUUCAAAUUUACUUUUAACUAAUUGUAACCAAUCAUACCUUAUUUGCCAUUUUUGGAAAUAAAAAAUUUAUUGAACAAUAUAGUUACUAAAUUAUACUUACUAAUUGAAACUUUGCUAAUUGUAACUAAAUCGUACUCAUUAAAAUUGUAUUAAUAAAUUAUUGUAUUUUUUAAGUUGAAAUGAGCAAAGCCUAAUAAGUAACCUUGAACUGUAUUUAGUGUGGUUAACUAGUAUUUUACCCUGGGCGUACCCCGAGUUAGUUAUAAUUAUUAAAUAUAUUAUUCAUAAAUUUCAUAUUUGAUUAUAUCAGUUUUUCGUAAUAUUCUGUCUGGUACGAGAUUGAAAAAUAGACAUUAUGGCAUAAUAAGUUGUUCAAAAAAAAAAUUAUGAGGAUUUGGGGAUAAAAAUAACAAUUUCCAUGUGAUUCGCGUAAACAAAUGUUAUUGAAUAUUAAUAAAAGGGUUAAAGAUCAAAAAACUUGUCUACAUGAUUUUAUAAUUACAUAUAAUUACGAGACAUUAUUAUGUUUUACUUUGAAACUUUAAGCAUUGAAAUUGUAUUAGAUUAGUGGUUAAACUCUCACAUUUCAUUUCAAUAGUUGUGUAUUCAAAUCCUAGUAACCACACAUUGUUAAUAUUUUUGAUUGACAUUAUAAGCAUGUGUAUUAGAAUAUUGAGAAGAGCGCCACGUAACAACGUUCAUUUGCAUUAUGUACACCUUUAUAUCGUCGCACUAUACAUGCAGCCAAACAAGGUUGUUGAGGUGAUAAGGCUAGUGAACCACUGUCCCAAGAAGAAGAAAAGUACUAGCCCACCAAAAAAGAAAACAAAUUAUAUUAGCAAUGGAUUUUGUGAGGACUCUUUUUCCUAGUAACUUGUAGAAUAGUACAAUUUACUAAUGAGAACGUAUUGUGUCGGACUCGUCCGACCAUAAUCUUGGUCGGACGACUUUCAGGUGGUUCCAAUUUUUUUUCAGGUAGUCUUCAUUUUUUUCAGGUGGUUCCAAAUUUUUUUCAGGUAGUCUUCAUUUUGUUUUCAGUUAGUCUUCUUUAUUUUUCAGUUGGUUUUUGUGCUUCAGUUAGACUUACUUGGGUUUCAGUUGGUCUUUAUUCUUUUUCAGGUAGUCUACAUUUUUCUUCAGGUAGUCUUCAUUUUGUUUCAGUUAGUCCAUUAUUUCUUUCAGUUGGCCCAUUAUUUCUUUCAGUUGGUCCAACUGAAAGAAAAGAAAGUCUAACUGAAAGAAAAGAAAGUCCAACUGAAAGAAAAACAAUAACCAACUGAAACAAAACAAAGUCCAACUGAAACAAAACAAUAACUAACUGAAACAAAAACAAUAACCAACUGAAACAAAACAAAGUCCAACUGAAACAAAACAAUAACCAACUGAAACAAAACAAUAACCAACUGAAACAAAAAAAACCAACUGAAAACAAUAACGAACUGACCUGAUGAAUCAAAACCAUCUGCAGAAGUGGGAAUUGAUGGUCAACCAUGGCUGGUGAAGGGAGCUUCUUAUUCUCUCUUUCUCCUUGGUGCUUGUGGUUAGAAUUUUCUCAAUUGAGGAAAACAAAGAGGAGAUAAUGAUAUGUGCACACUUGCUCAUUGAGAAUUAACUGAAGUUUCUUUAUACAUCUGACAGGGGAAGGAAAAUCACAUUAAGUGGCCAGCGUGAUCUUGAUCAAGUUGCUUGCACAAUCGGUGUUGCUGCGGUGUAAGACAUUGGUUUACACUGCUACUAACGCGUCAAUCUCUUUGGAUUGUCAGUUCUUGAAACUAGGUGUGUAGAUGAAAUGAAUCAGAUUUCUACUUUUUGUGGCCUAUGUUGAACUUGUUAGUUUUGAGAUACUAUGCUAGUUGUCGGCUUCAGGGUUGUGAAAUUUUAUCAAUGAAAUAUAUAUCUACUACUUGAUUUUUAUCGUCGUA